GGGAUAAAAGCGGGGUCCCAUCCCUCUGCUGCCGCCCACCCCCCUGGACCCGGAGCGACCCACCUGCUGCCCCCCCCCCCAGCACCAGCACAGGCCGCUGCCAUGCCGUUCGGCAACACCCACAACAAGUACAAGCUGAAGUUCUCGGCCGAGGAUGAAUUCCCGGACCUUUCCAAGCACAAUAACCACAUGGCCAAAGUCCUCACGCCUGCGCUCUACCAACGUCUGCGGGACAAGGAGACCCCCAGUGGGUUCACCCUUGACGAUUGCAUCCAAACCGGUGUGGACAACCCCGGCCAUCCGUUCAUCAUGACCGUGGGCUGCGUGGCGGGAGACGAGGAAUCCUACGAGGUGUUCAAGGAGCUCUUCGAUCCGGUGAUCCAAGACCGGCACGGCGGCUACAAACCCACCGACAAACACCGCACCGACCUCAACCACCAGAACCUCAAGGGGGGUGAAGACCUGGACCCCAAAUACGUUCUGAGCAGCCGCGUGCGCACGGGGCGCAGCAUCAAGGGGUACUCUCUGCCCCCCCACUGCAGCCGUGGGGAGCGCCGGGCGGUCGAGAAGCUGUCGGUCACCGCGCUCAACAGCCUCGAGGGGGAGUUCAAGGGCCGUUAUUAUCCGCUGAAGGCCAUGACGGAGCAGGAGCAGCAGCAGCUCAUCGACGACCACUUCCUCUUCGACAAACCCGUGUCGCCUUUGCUCCUCGCUUCCGGCAUGGCCCGCGAUUGGCCGGACGCUCGCGGCAUCUGGCACAAUGACAACAAGACCUUCCUGGUGUGGGUGAACGAGGAGGACCACCUGCGCGUCAUCUCCAUGGAGAAGGGCGGCAACAUGAAGGAGGUGUUCCGGCGCUUCUGCGUCGGCCUCCAGAAGAUUGAGGAGAUCUUCAAGAAGGCCGGGCACCCCUUCAUGUGGACGGAGCACCUGGGCUACAUCCUGACCUGCCCUUCCAACCUGGGCACGGGGCUACGCGGUGGUGUCCACGUCCGCCUACCCAAGCUCAGCCAACAUCCCAAGUUCGAGGAGAUCCUCAAGCGCCUGCGCCUCCAGAAACGCGGCACCGGUGGGGUGGACACGGCGGCCGUGGGCGCCGUCUUUGACAUCUCCAACGCGGAUCGGCUCGGUUCUUCGGAAGUGGAGCAGGUGCAGAUGGUGGUGGACGGUGUGAAGCUCAUGGUGGAGAUGGAGAAGAAGCUGGAGCAGAACCAACCUAUUGAUGAUAUGGUUCCUGCCCAGAAAUAAGCACUGGGAUCCACCAGAACCACCGGAAUCCACUGCGAUGCCUUCAAUAAAUGGUCCUACUCUGA